CAGCUUUACCAACAGGGCCGCUUAUGCCAGCUGGGUAGUGAAUUUUGUGAACUAGAAGUUUUUGCAAAGGUGCUACGAGCUUUAGAUAAAAGACAUCUGCUUCAUCACUGCUUUCAGGCUUUGAUGGACCAUGGAGUAAAAGUUGCUUCUGUACUGGCCUAUUCUUUCAGUAGACGGUGCUCCUACAUAGCAGAAUCGGAUUCUGCUGUAAAAGAAAAAGCAAUCCAGAUUGGUUUUGUUUUAGGGGGUUUCCUGUCAGAUGCAGGCUGGUACAGUGAUGCUGAGAAGGUAUUUCUUUCCUGCCUUCAGUUAUGCACCCUUCAUGAUGAAAUCCUUCAUUGGUUUCGUGCUGUAGAAUGUUGCGUAAGGUUGCUGCAUGUUCGAAAUGGUAACUGUAAAUAUCACUUGGGAGAAGAAACAUUCAAACUUGCUCAGUCUUACAUGGACAAGCUUGCAAAACAUGGUCAGCAAGCAAACAAAGCAGCGCUCUACGGGGAGCUGUGUGCACUGCUCUUUGCCAAGAGCCACUAUGAUGAGGCUUAUAAAUGGUGUAUAGAAGCUAUGAAGGAGAUCACAGUUGGCCUGCCUGUAAAAGUAGUAGUGGAUGUUUUACGACAAGCUUCAAAGGCUUGUGUUGUAAAACGUGAAUUUAAGAAGGCCGAACAGCUGAUAAAACAUGCAGUAUACCUUGCCCGGGAGCAUUUCGGAGCCAAGCACCCCAAAUAUUCUGAUACGCUACUAGACUAUGGAUUUUACUUGCUCAACGUAGACAAUAUAUGCCAAUCUGUUGCAAUCUAUCAGACAGCUCUUGAUAUCCGGCAGUCAGUAUUUGGAGGUAAAAAUAUACAUGUAGCUACAGCUCAUGAAGACUUGGCUUACUCUUCGUAUGUUCACCAGUACAGCUCUGGAAAAUUUGACAAUGCACUAUUCCAUGCUGAACGUGCUAUUGGCAUUAUAACUCACAUUCUCCCAGAAGACCAUCUUCUCUUGGCAUCUUCAAAGAGAGUUAAAGCGCUUAUCCUGGAGGAGAUUGCAAUAGAUUGUCACAACAAGGAAACUGAGCAGAGGUUACUUCAAGAAGCUCACGACUUGCAUCUGUCCUCACUCCAGUUAGCUAAAAAAGCCUUUGGGGAGUUUAAUGUACAAACAGCAAAACACUAUGGCAACCUUGGAAGAUUGUAUCAGUCCAUGAGAAAGUUUAAGGAAGCGGAAGAAAUGCACAUCAAGGCAAUUCAGAUUAAGGAGCAGCUUCUAGGUCAAGAAGAUUAUGAAGUUGCGCUGUCAGUGGGCCAUCUAGCUUCGCUCUAUAACUAUGAUAUGAACCAAUAUGAAAAUGCUGAAAAGCUUUAUUUGAGAUCCAUAGCAAUUGGAAAGAAACUUUUUGGUGAAGGAUACAGCGGACUUGAAUAUGAUUACAGAGGUCUCAUUAAACUGUACAAUUCCAUUGGCAAUUAUGAGAAAGUUUUUGAAUACCACAAUAUUUUGGCCAAUUGGAACCGGUUGCGGGAUCGGCAGUUCUCAGUUACGGAUGCGCUGGAGGACGUAAGCACCAGCCCUCAAUCCACUGAGGAAGUGGUCCAGUCUUUUCUGAUGUCUCAGAAUGUUGAUGGACAGAGUAGCUAAGAACUUGGUCAAUUAACCAGUUAAGUUUUUUUUCCCCCAGGUUACAGGGGGAAAAGUCAUACUGUGAAAUCUAAACCAUGUAGUUCUCUGGGGGCUGGAAUUUGCAUUGAAACACUGGUCCAGUCUGCUGAAGAGUGCCCAUACGGAUGAAUGUGUGUUAAAUUCUUAUCAGCAUGUGUAUGGCAUGUUUAGUUCGGCUCACAUUUUUCACUUGGUAUUCCUGAAAACCCCUUCUUCCUCUCUUCUUUGAAAAGAAGCUACUUUGCAGAAAGUCUGCAAGAAAACAUUAAAUAAAACUGUUUGAGUUCAAAAGAGUUGCAUUCUUAUUAUGAAUAGAAGGCUUCAUCAGGAGCUUUCUUCUGAUACGUAGAAAGAAUAAAAGCUGUACUGCAAGAAGUUAUACCAGAGAGGUCUUUCUGCUGUAUGCAUUGUAGCAAAGUUAAUCGUAAAUAUCAAGAAAAGGGAGAAUGCCCUAGCCUUGGCUGCUGCCUUAUGAAGAAAAGUGGCAAAGGACCACUUUGGUGAGCAACAUACGCUUUGUGAACCGUGACAGGUUGUUAAGCAAGUAACCGCCGUAUGUUGUUGUUGUUAAUAUCCUGAACUGGACCAGUGUUCAUCUAGAAGCGACAGAAGAUCCAGUAGACCAGCAAUCUUAGUUUUCUUUGGUACCAACCAAGAGUGCUAAUCUUCUGCACAGGACCAGGAAAAUCAAAAGUGGACCAGCCUGCUAGAAACAGUUUUUUGGACCAGUGGCUUUAAUUUAAUAUUUCUGCCCCUGCAUUCACUUUUACAGUAGAAUUAUUUCAUUUAGAUGUAUGAUCAGUGCAAAAUUAUAUUCAUGUAAUAGAUACAAAACUAGGAAGUGAACGUUCUUUAGCGGUUGCGAUGGCAUGUCUUUACCUAGUAAGCUUAUACAAAUAUUAAUGUCAGUGCCACAAGCAAAAACUAGAAAUGCUUAACUAUUUGCUGCAGCCAUCUUUUUUUUUUUUUUUUUUUUCCUUUUUGAAUAGGCUUACUCUAAUAAAUGAGGCAGUACCUUGUUUAUACCAGUUAAUAGUUUUGUAUUACAAUCCAGUUCCAUUUUGUGUUUCUGGAGAACACAACUUAUUGUACAGUCUGCAGGGGUCAGCGGAAAAUGCCAAAAAGCACAACAGGUCUUUUUUGUGAUGCUUCAUUUCUACAUUAAACAAUAGUACAACCA